AUAAAAGAAGGCGAUCAAAGAGAGAUCGAAAAGUUGCUUCUUUUUGGUCAGCUCUGACGCUGUACACCUUCUUUAGUUUUUGGCUGGGCUCAAGAGGCUAAAGGGUAGACAAGAACAAAAUCCUCCCCCAAAACCUCCCUCCCUCCCUCUCUCUCUCUCCCUCUCUCUGAACUCUCAAGUCUCAAGCAAGAGGCUUUGACAUUCUCUUGAGUUUCGGUUAGAUUUUGUUCUUUCGAGAAUGCCCAUUAUUGAGAGGAAACAUAUGAGGCGGGUUUCGACUCUCGCCGUGGUGUUCGGAGUCGUACUUCUUUUCGCCGCUUACAAUCUACUGCGCAUGGUCGUGCACCACAUGAGCCCGAACUUGGGGGCUGCCGUGACCAACAGAUUGGGAAUGUCCGAUCCCAUCACCCAGUUGACAGGGGAGACGAAGAGAGGCUUGCGAUACCAUGUUGCUGUUACGGCGACCGAUGCCCCUUACAGUCAGUGGCAGUGCCGGAUCAUGUACUACUGGUACAAGAAGGUCAAAGACAUGCCCGGAUCGGACAUGGGGAAGUUCACCAGAAUUCUGCACUCGGGAAGUGCUGAUAACUUGAUGGAGGAGAUACCCAGUUUCGUGGUUGACCCUCUUCCUGAAGGACUGGAUCGAGGUUAUAUCGUCUUAAACAGACCGUGGGCUUUUGUGCAAUGGCUAGAAAGUGCAACUAUUGAGGAAGAGUAUAUUCUAAUGGCGGAGCCGGACCACAUAUUUGUAAAAUCUUUACCUAACUUGGCAAAGGGAGGCCACCCAGCAGGAUACCCAUUCUUCUACAUCAAACCGGCUGACAACGAAAAGAUCAUUAGAAAGUUUUACCCCAAAGAAAAGGGUCCUGUAACUGACGUCGAUCCCAUCGGCAAUUCUCCAGUAAUUAUUCACAAGUCUAUUUUGGAGGAAAUUGCACCUACAUGGAUGAAUGUCUCUUUAAGAAUGAAGGACGACCCCGAAACCGAUAAGGCCUUUGGAUGGGUGCUAGAGAUGUAUGCUUAUGCUGUAGCAUCUGCUUUACACAAGGUGAAGCAUAUUCUUCGGAAGGACUUCAUGCUGCAGCCACCAUGGGAUCUAGAAGUUGGAAAGAGUUUCAUAAUUCAUUACACUUAUGGCUGCGACUAUUCUAUGAAGGGUGAGCUGACAUAUGGGAAGAUUGGAGAAUGGCGCUUUGACAAGAGAUCCUAUCUUAGCGGUCCACCUCCAAGAAAUCUUUCUUUGCCUCCACCAGGUGUUCCUGAAAGUGUGGUCCGACUGGUGAAGAUGGUAAAUGAGGCCACUGCUAAUAUUCCCAGGUGGGAAACGAUAAACAGAAGCUAACCUGCCAUGUGAAAAUCAAUACAGAACUGCACAUAUCCUCCUUUUGCAAUUUUUUGCCAGUGGUCUUGAGGAACGACCCUACGGUGAUCUAACAUCACAGAACAGAAUCGGUGGCUCGGGCAGCUAAACAAGAAGCUCAAGCCGCACAAUAAAUUUAUUGAAAAUGCUGGGACAAUUAUUCAAUACUGGUUAUUCUCCUUUUUCUGUUUAAAACAGUUUUUAGCACCGGUCGUGGCCAAAGUUUUGAGAGGCUCUCUGGGUUGUGUCAACAGAAUGUUCUUGUCGGACACAAUGCAGUAUGGUUUGGUCGGACAGGGAUGAACUGAUGAACAUUUGUAAGUUCCUCUGCAAAGCCUAAGAACAAAAGAGAAUGACAAAUAGCAUGUAAAAUAUGUGCUAUCACCUGUGCAACUGUGAUGAAGCAAGAAAACUCGCAAACAAUAAUCACCUUCCUCUGUUGCUCA